AUGUUCCUUUUACCUGAAGUUCUUCGCACAGUCUGUCAGCUCGUCUUCAACCGAGCGCUUCAGCAUAGUUUUACCGACUUCAUGAACCUCAUGUUGGCUAACAAAGUCUGUUUUUACACGGCCAUGCCCCUUCUAUGGAAGGAGUUGCCAUCGCUGCAACCAAUUCUCCACACCUUCCCUUCCAAUGUUGUAGUUAGAUUUUACAAGGAUGCUCAAUGGCACUACAAACUACGGCGCAUCCCCCUAGUAUCUGACCAAUCCCGUCUACUGAUGUACGCCCCCUUCAUUCAAGGGAUUAGCGCGUGCGGGCGGCCAGCACUCAACGAUAGUGCCAACGACACGUUCAAGCACUUGUUUUAUGGAAAUUUGCCUUUCCCCAGCCUUUCCACACUUGAAAUGCCUAAGGCUUACCUCCUCGAGCUCCCAUUCAACGACUGUUCUCUACCGAACAUCUUUGAUAAUAUUUUGGAUGAUGUUCCUCCCUGCCUUCACACCCUUGCGUACGUCGACAACCCUGCUCGCAUGAACCGCUUCGCACAAUCAAUCCACCACUUUCCACUCCUUCGCAAUCUUACUGUAUCACUGCUGGAUCCCACGGCAAUGCAAGCCAUCGUAUCCCUGACUUUGCUAGAAAGCUUAGAAAUAGUCAUACCAGAUUCAUCGCUGAUUCACGCCACACACCCAUACACCAUUCAAUUCAAGCGCACCAUUCCCUCCCUAACCAUCGCCAUCAGGAAUAGCAGACUAUUCCCUUACCGUCAAGAGGUUUUACUUUCUGCAAAGGCCCUGUUCUUGGCCUUCCCUGCUUCUUGCCAUCAACUUACCGUUACUAUCCACACCAGCUUCCUGGGGACUGUGGAAGGUAGUUUUGUCGCUUGCCUUGCAGAGGAGUUUAGCCUCCCCGAAGCCUCAAUAUCCGUUCUCUGGGAUCGCACUUUAUAG